AUCAGCGUGUGCACGUGCGAAAUUUAAGUUGUGGUCUCUUCUGCUAUUGUACUGCUCCGCAUUCGCCGUUCACUGUAGUACUCUGUGGUGAGCGCUGUAUUUUGUCGUGAGAUAAUCGUGCAAGCUCCCGUCGGCUCUGUGCCUGCGUCACUCGCGGCCGAUGCCGCCCAAAAGGCAAUUUGGAAAGUACUUAUGGGACCCGUCCAUCGACGUUCCGAUACGCUCAAAAUACAGGUUCAGAAAACGUUCAUCAGUUGGCGCUUCGUCUACCGCGUUGGACAAGGAACGAGGUUCUGCAGAUGCCAGUGAAGAAAGUUCGCGUGAAAGCGAAGCAGACGCUGACACAGGCCACAUAGCACCGUUCCCUUCAACUGCUAGUGCAACUGAAGACAGCCAUAUUUUGGAAACCACGAGUGAAGCCUCGUCGACCUCGUCCUCCGAGGACAGCGAAUCGGAAGGCGACGCUGAUGUAUAUCCUGACCACGGCGAGCAGCAUUUUCCGAGAGGCUGGAAGGAUGAGUUGGAUGAAAACCUGUUUCCGGGAUCCAAGCUUACGAAAGCCGAAAGCCUCCUAAUGGUCAUGGCCCACAGCUUGCGCCAUGGCUGCUCAAAAGAAGCCACCGAGAGCCUACUGCAGCUUCUUAGUGCUCACUUGCCAGAAGGUGUCAAAUACCCGACAUCAAAGAACAAACUCCUUUAA